CUCUUAAAGCAUAAAUUAUAUAUAUUUAAAUUAUCAUAUCGACAGAAAAUAAUUUCUGUAUAAAUACACUUGAAUUAUUCGAAUGAAGCAAACCGCCAGCUACUGCAGACCAACGUCUAUUGAAAAUGUGGAGAAAGUUCAGCUUGAUGUGUAUAGUUCUGAUUGGACUCCAUGUAGCAAAAGUCAACACGUGUGAAACAGGUGAACUAGAAUGCGACAGAUUAGAACAAUGUUACCCAAAGGAGUUAAAAUGUGAUGGCAAUGCAGACUGUCGGGAUGGAACUGAUGAAUGUGGAUGUGACGAAUAUAUUUGUCCAGAUAACAGACUGAAAUGCCCGGAUGAUCUUUGUGGAAUGAAAGAUGGUAAAUUGUGUGAUGGUCAUAGCGAUUGUCCAAGCAACAAAGACGAAGAAGAUUGCGAUUCAUGUAUUGACGAUGCUUUUCUUUGCUCAAAGGAAGAAAAAUGUAUCCCUGGUGAUUGGCAUUGCGAUGGAUAUGAUGAUUGCAAUGGAGAGGAUGAAAAGGACUGUAUAGAAUGUAACGGUGGUGCAUUUAUGUGUACAGCAGAUAGUAAAUGUGUUAGGUCGCGCUACGUAUGCGACUCAUUUCCGGACUGCAGUGACGGUAUGUAUGACAUCGGAUGUCCGGAUGAUGGGUGUGGUAAUGAUGAAUUUGCAUGUGCACUUCCUCCUCCAAAUUAUCCAAAUUGUGUUCCCUCGAACAAAAUAUACGAUGACACUAAUGACUGUGGAGACUGCUCUGAUGAGGCGAAUGCUGAAUCUUGUGUGCUUGGGGGACCACCACCACCUGGAGAACUAUCACGAAGUUUACUAAAAACCCGUGGAGAAAGGAAGAAGAAAAAUGAAGGUAGAGUAAACACCGUAGUCCGCAGCAAUAAAAAUAUUGAUGCACUGAGGAGCGGAAAAUCUUAUUUGAAGGAGAACUUGCGGGAAUAUUUAUUACGCAGUAAGACUGGUAAUAGACUAGCUAACAGAAUACUAGGCCGUAGAGAAAUGGAAAAAAGAAGAAGGUACAAGCGGUAAAUGUGCUGAAACGGCUGUGGGAAACAAGAAGGCGGACUCUAAACUCGUUGAUAUAUAAUUGAUACAAAAUCUACUCUUUUUUUCAUGCACUAUGCAAAUAUUCAUAGGAUUCUUGAAUAAAGAAAUCACUUACAAUUACCAUAAA